AGUUUUGUCGAGAUGUUUGCGAUGUAGAAUAAUGUCCGUCCAGCCGUUUGUAAUAAGAAUAAAAAAUGACCAAGGAGAAGAUGUCGACUGGACUGUUCAAACUAUACAGCUGAAAUUCAAUGAAGUUAUGGAGGUGAUGUCACAGGUGUUUCCUGACACUACAGUCACAGCUUUCGAUUAUGAAGACGAAGAUGGUGAUCGAAUUACUGUUAGAAGUGAUGAAGAAAUGAUAGCCAUGCUUUCAUGUUAUUUUGAUCUGACAGCUGACUGUGAAGAAAGUGACAUGCCGCCUCCUCUCAAUAUUUAUCCCAAAGUCUCAAAACCUCCAAUAAAGAAAAAUAUUCAUGGGUUGAAGGUGAAUACUAGAGUGGCACAGAGUUCUCCUCCACAACCUGUUGUUCCAGCAGUGGUGCCUGCGGUGCCGGCAGUAACAAAGCAUGAACCCGACAUCAGGGAUAUUUUAGCCAAUGGCCAGGUGAGAAUCUGUUUAUCUUUUCAGCUGUCUAAUUUCAGCUCACAUUUCCUGUUUAUCAGCCUAGAAGCUCUUCAUCUGCCGUCAAAAGAAGUCAUGGCAAUAAAGGUUAUUCCACUAGAUAUUACUCCAGAAAUUCAAAAACAAAUUAUGUCUGAGCUACAAAUUCUGUACAAGUGUAACUUUCCCGUUAUUAUAGGGUUUUAUGGUGCUUUUUUCUCAGAAAAUAGAAUAUCAAUUUGCACGCAAUACAUGGACGGGUGUUCACUUGAUAUUUAUGGCUGUAUACCAGAACCAGUCCUGGGAAGAAUCGCAGUCGCAAUUGUGAAAGGCCUAAACUACUUAUGGAGUUUAAAGAUUAUGCAUAGAGAUGUGAAGCCCUCUAAUAUUCUGGUCAGUACUAGAGGUGAAGUGAAACUCUGUGACUUUGGUGUAAGCACUCAACUUGUCAACUCUAUCACCAAAACCUAUGUAGGAACAAAUGCAUAUAUGGCACCUGAGCGAGUGCUUGGUGAUGAAUAUGGUGUUCCUUCAGAUGUCUGGAGUCUUGGUGUAUUUUUAUUGGAAAUGGCUCAAGGAAGAUUUCCAUACCCUACUACUCCCAAAGAACAAGCUCUUUCAGCAAUAGAUCUUUUACAGUGUAUAGUACAUGAAAAUCCACCCAGACUACCACCAGGAAUAUUUACUGCUGCAUUUGCUGAUUUUGUUGAACAGUGUAUGCAGAAAACACCGAGCAAUAGGCCAAAACCAGAGGCUCUGAUGAUGCAUCCUUUCAUUCAGAUGUAUGACGACAGCAAUUCACAAAUAAUUGCCGAGUGGGUUUGUAGUAUGCAGCAAGAGAUCAAAAAACAAAAACUGAUACAAAGUCAAUCUGCUAUGUCAUAAAGCUGGGGAAGUGUCAAAGAUCAAACAAAAUGUAUAUCAAAAAGCUUGCCGAAAAAAUUGCCAACAUUAGUAAAAUUAUUGUAGGAGUCUAAUAAGGAUUUACAUGAAAAAACUUAGUGUGCGAUUACCUUGAACCAGAAAUUAUGCUCAACAAAUUGCAUUGUGGGAGUAUCAUCAAUCAUGAAACGCAUUCAAUGAUGCAAUGGCAUUUUUAUCGUUCUUUUCAAGAUAUCUUAACUGCUUCUUAAAUAUUUAUAGAACCAUAAUUAUUUGCAACCAACCAGUGGUGAAUUUAUUGAACUAUAGAGGCCGCAAUCAUGUGAGUAAAUUAACUGCCAUCUUAUAUUCAAAUGAGAUGUGCCUUUUUAGUGAAUACAAAAUGUACUUUAAAAUGCUGGAAUUAUUGAUGCGUAUUUUAAAAAGUUUUGUCUUUCUCCUGUGUGGAUUUGGGACCCAGAAAAUAAUAAUGUCUUAAACUUGAUUGAUUUUUUCCAAACAUUGUGUACAGAACUAUUUCCAAUUAUAUAAAAGACAUGUUCACCCACAUAAAAAUUAGCAGGUCUCUCAUUAGAUAAAACACAUUUUCACAAAUUCAUUUCUUUUCAUUUGAUACGCAGUGAUGUUUUUAUACAUUCUCCAUGGCGACAAUUAUUUUGCACUAGUAUUAAGGUUAACUUUUAUUAUGAUGAAUUUUGCAAUUCAAUAAUUUUUUUUUUUCAGUUCUUUUAUUUCUGUUUUGUACUUUUAUUUUCACUAAUAGAAUUAUUUUAUACAAAUUAGUUUGAAAUUUAAUUGAAGAUGGAUGGACCUUGACUUUUAACGUUUUGCAGACUGAGCUGGAUGAUUGAAAAUCUUCUCAGUAAAUGUAAUUUAUACUAAUGGUUGUACUGCUAAUGUGUUCUGUGAGACUAUAUGGCAAUGAUGUAAUAUGCA